UGCACUCAGACAGCGAGACGGAGAAAGAGAGAGAGAGAGGGAGGGAGGGAGGGAGCGAAAGAAAGAGGCAGACAGAGCGAGCGUAAGAUACAAAGGGGGAGAAAGAGAGCAACAGCAGAGACAACGAGAGAGAGAGAGAGAGAGAGAGAGAGAGAGAGAGAGAUGGAGGAAGACAGGGAGGCUGCAGACAUCUUUGUUAUCAACAAUGGAGCAUGAAGCUCUGGUAAGGCGAUAGGCAGAUAUUGGGUAGGGGAGAGACAUUGAGGAAAGGGGGUCUCGUGUGACCACAGGGGGAGGGAGAAGGAGGAAGUGGAGGAGAAGGAUGGGCCUCGAACACAGACCUGCAGUGGCACUGCCAAUCCUGGAUUAAACAGUAUGCUGGAUAAAAGCGAAGUGACAACAUUGGGCCUGCCCCCCUCAGCCAGCCAUGGCGGCUCUGACGGUAACAUCAGCUUGGAUGGUGCUGGGGCUGAAGGGGUCGCUGAGCCUCAGCGAACGCGGGUCGCUCUGGAGCACCUGCAGCAGAAGAUCCUGAAGAUAACUGAGCAGAUUCGGAUAGAACAGGAGGCAAGAGAUGACAACGUAGCCGAGUACCUGAAGCUGGCCCACAACGCAGACAAGCAACAAGCCUCACGCAUCAAACAGGUUUUUGAGAAGAAGAACCAGAAGUCUGCACAGACCAUCGCCCACCUGCACAAGAAGCUAGAGCACUACCACAAGAAGCUGAAGGAGACAGAGCAGAAUGGUCCAGCCCGUCAGCCUAAGGAUGUGCUGCGGGACAUGCAACAGGGGCUGAAGGACAUGGGGGCCAAUGUACGAGCUGGGUUCCAUGGCUUUGGCGGGGGUAUGGUGGAUGGGGUCAAAGGAGGGGUAGAAGGGGUCAAAGGAGCUGUGGUGUCUAAGCCACGGGAGUUCGCCAGCUUGAUCCGCAACAAAUUUGGCAGUGCAGACAACAUCUCCCACCUCAUAGAGGACGGGGUGGGAGGGCACUCGGAGGACGCGCCCGCUCAACGAGCCCUGAGUGGCAGUGCCACCCUGGUCUCCAGCCCCAAGUACGGUAGCGACGACGAGUGCUCCAGUGCCACCUCUGGCUCAGCGGCAGGCAGUCACUCAGGCGGGGCCGGGGUAGGUGGGAUGUCGGGGCAAGGGCAGGCUGGCCUGGGGAGCCCCAGACUGGAUGGGCACCACCACCACCACCACCACAUUCACAGCUCCUGGGACGCCUUGCUGGAAGGCCUGCAGGAGAUCAAGGCCAGCCAGGCCCACAUGGAGGACGCCAUCGAGGACAUGAAGAGUCAGCUGCAGAGUGACUACUCCUACAUGAACCAGUGCCUGCAGGAGGAGAGAUACAGGUAUGAGCGACUGGAAGAGCAGCUGAAUGACUUGACAGAGCUGCACCAAAACGAAAUGACUAAUCUGAAACAGGAGCUGGCCAGCAUGGAGGAGAAAGUGGCCUACCAGUCCUAUGAGAGAGCCAGAGACAUACAGGAAGCGGUGGAGUCGUGCCUGACCCGCAUCACUAAGUUGGAGCUCCAGCAGCAGCAGCAGCAGGUGGUGCAGUUGGAGGGUGUGGAGAACGCCAACGCCCGCGCCCUGCUGGGCAAACUCAUCAACAUCAUCCUGGCACUCAUGGCCGUAGUGCUGGUGUUCGUCUCCACCCUGGCCAACUUCAUCACCCCACUCAUGAAAACCCGAGCGCGGGUGGCCACCACCGUCAUGCUGGCCCUGUUUCUGUUCAUCCUUUGGAAGCACUGGGACUUCCUGGAGCUGUGGCUAAUGCCUAGCUGAGUUUCCUACAGUCAAUCAUCCACGCCCUUGUGUCUGAGUGACCAGGAUGUGGACAGAGGGACCAGAGUGAUACACUGAGCUGCCCUAGACGCUCUAACAGUCUGAAACUCAGAGAGUGUGAAUACAAAACUCAUAUUUCUGAAAGAGAACCAGUGCACUUUUUUGAUAGGAUUUAUGCUUGGAGAGUCGUACUUAGGAGGGUUGAAAGGUCAAAACAUUUCUUUACAAAGCAACUAGCGAAGACUUACUUCGGAUAGGGGGGGGGCAUUUCUGGUUGACUGAUGGUCGAGAGAGAGACAUUUAAGGAAGAGUGUUGGGUGUUUUAUGGUGAUUACCAUGACAAGGAACCUGAGGAACUAUCUGCCUGGUUGCUUGGCAACUCAAGCAUUUGCUCUUUCUCAUGACCAAUCUAGUGGUGUCAACUCACCAUCGUACUGUAGUCACUAUGACCUAAUUACAAUUCGAGAAUUCAUGUUGAAAUUCUUUGACACAUUUUUCUAAUGUUAGUAUAGGCCUACACUUAAAAGUGAAAAUGGAUAAAAGAACAAAUUAUACUUUGUCUUUGCUAAACCAUGUUUGCUGUUACCUUUUUGUUGAGCCAAUUGUAUAUUUGGAGGACAUGGCCAAGCAAAAGGAUUGUUUUUCUGCUCAAUGUUAGGGUAUGUACUACUCAUGCAUGUCCUCGCGUGCAUUUAUACCUGUGUAAUGCACUUGGCAUGAGUAGCAUUCCAACACCAACAGAAAUACUCUUUGGACUUAAUAGCAUUCUGUUGUCUGUAGACAGUUUCUACCUAAAUGUUUUUUUUUUUACUUUCAUCUCCAUAUUAUUUCUAAAACAGCCAACUCAAUAUCUUCUGGUGUUUAAAACUACACCUUUUUUGGUGUAUCAGUCCUUUUAGUGUCUUAUGUGUGAUGUAAAGAAGAAUUUGAGGGCCAGAAAGUCAUCUGGUGAGAUGGAUCAUCAAAACUACUAAAUGAUCUAUAAUCUAUUCUGAGCAUCAAUGCUAUUUCAUAACCACUGUUGUUGUAGAGCAGCUAAGAAUAUAUGUAGUGUCAGAGUCAUAGGCAUGUUAGACCAUUGCUUCCAUAUUUCUAUCCAGUUUGCGAAAUCCAUCACAACUCUGUUGCAUUCUUAAUAAAUACAUUCUUAAACUAUA